AGCACUGAUGGGCGGGGGUCACUGUCUUGGACUCCCGGUGAAGGACCCUGCUCUUGGCCAGAAGCCAGCCCUGCAGGGGUACAUAAGGAGGUGCGAGGAGACAGGGAGUUAGAAACUCAGCCUCCAAGCCCCACACAGAAUCCCACCCAGUCUGGGGUGCCCAGGCCCCUCACCUUUUUUCACCUCUCAAGAUGCUCCUAUUGCCAUAGCAACCAGCUCCACCCUGGUGUCUCCCUGGCAACUGGCCAGGGACCUGGCACCUUCCUUCUUGGGCUUGUUGCUCCACCCUAGCCCUGCCUGGCCCUGAGGAUCCAGUUUGCUGGACUAGCAAAGACCAGAAGAAGAGCUUCUGCAUGGAACUUGGGGCACCCAGGGAGUCAAAGAAGAUUGUGGGACAGAGAAACCGUUGGUCCUGUGGCCAGAUCUGGAUCCUCAAAAAUGUUAAGAAACCAGUAUUGAAAUAUUUCCCCUCUUUCUCUGCCUUCCUUUCCACAGUUCCUCAGGAAUCUGACCCCUUUCACUAUGACUAUGACACCGUGCAGACCGUGGGCCUGACUCUGGCGACCAUAAUGUUCGUGCUGGGCAUCAUCAUCAUUCUCAGCAAGAAGGUGAAGUGCAGGAAGGCGGACUCCAGGUCUGAGAGCCCAACAUGCAAAUCCUGUAAGUCGGAGCUCCCCUCUUCAGCCCCUGGAGGUGGUGGAGUGUAAAACCAGCCUGGGGCACCUCCACUGCUGUCCCUACCUGAGUGCAGGAGCCUGAAGACCAGGUGGAGACGGUGGGGACCCCAGCCUUGCUCGGGGGAGCCCUCCCCAAUGAGCCACCCCACCACCACGAGACUGGAGCCGCUGCACCCUGACGCCCCUCCCCAGGCCUUGGCAAUGACGACCACCCCAAAGCGCCCAUCUGCAUCCCAGAUCCAGGGACCCAGGCCUCCAGCUCUUGGGGUCCAGGAGUCCACCCCCUGCCCCCCAGAAUCCCCGUGUACUGCUCUCCUGCACCUCCUUGUCUCCUUGAAGAUCCCUUCUCCUGCACCCUCAGUGUCUACGUCUUGAGCUUAAUAAAUGUGCAUUUGGUUUUUUCCCCUGUUCUGUCUGUGUGUUCUCAUCUG